AUUUCAGUUCCUAGAAGUAGUAGUAAAUUCCAAGAGGCCUACUAUGUUUAUCACCUCAGUCCACGCGAGAUAUCACAGAUCACAUCAGCACGAGAUAUGAGACCUGGUGCAAGGGUAGAAUAUCCAGUUCAAGUACAAUUGAGGCUUUGUCUAUCUGAAACAAGCUGUGAACAGGAUGAUCAUUAUCCUCCAAAUCUUUGUAUAAAAGUGAAUGGAAAAAUGGCUCCACUACCAAGCUUCCUUCCUCAGGCCAAAAUAGGACAAGAACCAAAGAGACCAAGCAGGCCCAUCAAUGUGACUGGAUCAACAAGACUUUCACCUACAGUGCCAAAUCAGAUACAUGUAUCAUGGGCAGCAGAUUUUGGAAGGGGUUAUGCAAUAGCAGUAAGAUUGGUAAAACAGCUGAAUGCGGAUAUUUUAUUACAACGUUUAAAGAGUUCAAAAGGUGUGAGGAAUGCAGACCAUUCAAGAGCAAUGAUUAAAGAAAAAUUAGCUCAUGAUCCUGACAGUGAAAUUGCUACAACGAGUUUACGGGUUUCGUUGAUAUGUCCUCUUGGUAAAAUGCGAAUGUCAAUACCUUGUCGAGCGCUCACUUGUAAUCAUCUACAGUGUUUUGAUGUCUCACUUUAUCUUCAGAUGAAUGAAAAGAAACCCACAUGGAUAUGUCCAGUCUGUGAUAAGCAAGCACCAUAUGAUAGUUUAAUUAUUGAUGGUUUAUUUACAGAAAUUCUGGCUUCUUCACCGAUCACUGACGAGAUUCAGUUUAGUCAAGAUGGCUCCUGGAGUGUUAUGAAACGUGAAAAACACAAUGAAAUUAUUACAAGUCCAAUGAACAAGAUGUUAUCCCCAUUCAGUAAUCACACAGCUAAACAGACAUCUACUGUGAAAUCAUCUAAGAAUGUUCAGAUGAUAGAUUUGACCUCCGAUGAUGAAGAUGAAGAAGACUCGCCCUGUAUGCCUGCAGUUAAAAAAGGGUGUGUUUCUCCACCACUAAUCACUAUAGAAAAUACACCACCUCAUACUGUGUCUGCAUCAUUAUCGUUAUUAUCGUCCAACUCGUCAUCAAACUCUUCCUCUUGUUCAUCGUCAGUUUCAUCCUGUUCAUCUAAUGCUAACUUACAUGCUGUGUCACCCCCACCACCUUCUCCAUCUUAUCACUUUCACAGCCCUCCUCGGAGAGCAUCACCAAUAAACUUAUCCACUUCAUCCGGUCAUAGAGUACCAUCAUUUUUAUCACGACCUCCACCUUAUCCUCCUCCUUUGCCUCCUUUAUCUAGUGAUGAAUUGCCUACGGAGGAAGAGUUUGAAGAGUUUCUUGGUUGGUUGGGGGAUAGACGCUAUCGUCCUGAUUACUCACAUAGUUUAUUUAAUCCUGAAGAUCUCAUAUGAUUUACUGACCAGCCAAGAUUUCAUUUUGUUGCCCAUUGUUUGAAAGUCAAGACAAAUUGAAGAAAGAGGAAUGAUCUGCCCUUCUGAUUGCCUCAAAUCCAAGUUGCAUGCAUGUGAAUCUCUAUUCCAAGUCCAGGAUCAGUUUUAACCCAUUGGUGCCAUGCCGCGACAUAUUCCCAACAUCACUGAUUGUUUGAUUGCUUUUAAGUGUAUCUGGUAUGCUUUUCUGUUAUUUUUGCAGUAUUUUUUUUUUUCUUUUAACUGUCUGUGACGUAUAUGCGAUAUCACUACAACUCACUUGCAUUCUUUAUUUAGUCUGUCACGAUUAUAUUUUGGUAUUGCUAAACUUACAUUAAUAAGGCAUAUAUAUUACAGAUUCUAAAGUUAGUGUGCUCAAUAACAUCGUCAAAGGUAUUUAGCUUAUUUUGGGUGACACACUCGUAUGCUUUAUAAGCAGUUUCUUGUAUGAAUUAUGUUUCACAUUCGAUAUUUGCUUUAGUGUAACAACUACAUAGAUUUUUGCUUGUUUGCUCUCCACAUCUACAAAAUAUAUAUUUACCAGGUAUUCAUUCAAAACUUGUUAGCAUUUUUAACCUCAACAUCAAGUUUGAUACAUAUGGUAUAAUAACAAUAUUCAUAUAAUUUGUCGGGUCUCUUCUAUUUACAACCCUGUGACUAGUCAGUGAAUGAAUUAUCUCAGCUUGUGAGCUUUAGUUUUAUCGUCAUUGCCACAUGUUUGCAAUUUAUUAUUUGUUAAGUAUAUUAAGUUUCCUGCUCUCUCCCCUCAUCGAUAAUCCUGGAUCAGAAGAAUAUGCUCCAUACUACCAUACCAUACCAGGCUUGCUUGGUAUAAAAGUGGCUACAUGUAUGACUUAGGUAACAUAAUUUACCAGUCUUGUCUGCAUUUGCACGAGAUUUCAGUUAAUUAGUUUUGAGUUCAUCUUUAGUUGCAUUCUUGAUGAACUCACAGGUACUAGUAAGUCGUUGCCAGAUUGGUGUAAAGAUGAUAAAAAAAAUAAUGAAUUCUGUAAAAAAAAAAAGGUUUCUCUUAAAAAAUAAUUGAUUUGAACAACUGUUCUUUUAUUGAUGAUUCAUUGUUCUUAUUGUAUAUACGGUAUAUAUUGGUGUUUUGUUUUUUCAUAGUUUUAAUUAUUUUGUCUGGAUUUUUUAAGUUAUUUGUGUGCCCUGUUCUCUGUGUAAUUUGAUUUUUCAUUCUGUAAUUUUCUCAAAAGAGAUUUAAAAAUUAAAAGUUAUACCAUUUUCAAAAGAGA